AUGGGUGCAUCAUCCCGAAACUUCACUGACCUUGCUCUUCCGUCUUGGGACCUGCGAAUGGCCGACCACUCUCGCAUGGGCCUCAGUAUGGCGACCUCAGUCAAUGCCUCAGCCAUCCUUGCCAUGCACGAGCGACAUGAAGUACAAGUCAUGGCGACCGUUAUGGCGACUCUCAGUAUCACUGCUUGCCUGUGCGCAAUGUACUGGUUCUUGCUCAUGCGGCGGAACUUCCGCCGAGACUUGGUUCUGCUGUUGAUCUUGAGUGACUUCUGGAAGAGCUUGUGGUUCCUGAUACAGGCUUCGGUGAUAUUCACGCAUGGUCAGCUAAAGACAGAUUCGACAUCCUGUCAGGUCGGUGGGUAUAUGAUCACGAUGAGUAUUGAGGCCUGUGACUUGUCGAUACUCUUCAUGAGUCUGCACAUGUCCCUCCAGAUCUUCCCGCCCGCCAACUCCUUACUCGGCCACGACGGUCUAUAUCGCCUUCGACACUGGGUUCUGGCGGCGUUCAUCGCCAUACCCAACACAAUGGCGAGUCUGGCCUUCGCCAACCCGGGAUCAGCAUUCCAAGCUGUAGGACCUUUCUGCACACUACCUAUAAGGCCGUACUGGUAUCGACUGGCCUUGUCAUGGAUACCACGGUAUCUGAUCUGGAUAUACAUCAUGGCAGUCGCGAUCCGCAUAUACAAGCAUGUGGGUAGCGAAUUUCAAGUCUUCGGUCAAGAGAAAGACCGUAGUAGUAGCUUCUCCAUGCCUGCUGAGAGCUCGGUCGAUCGGGCCAUGGCGACGCAGGUACUGGCGAGUACGAGGCGUAAGUCCUUGGCACCAUCGAGCUUGGAAGUGAAAGAGAAGGGCUCAGACGAAAGCUUGGCACCAGACGAGAGGAGCGCGGAGUCUACCACUGCACUCAAGAGCCUGCGGAGCGCUCCGUCGGAGUCGGGUGUCGCGAGCCCAGCUGCAUCCUCACGACGUGGCUCGGUACCAACGUGGACAACACCUUUCAACCUGCCCUGCGAAUCUCCAUCCAGGUCUCGAUCACUGAAGAGUGCUCCUACUUCUCGCCGUGGAAGUCAAAUGAUUGCUACUGGGGUCAUGGCCGAGGACUUCGCUCCACCAGUCCAGAUGUCUGAUGCAGCUCUUGCUCGCCACCGCGGCUCGAUUGCUACACUACUCUCGGUCGCUGCAUCUUCAGUCACUAGUGCUCCGGCAUUGGACCCCAUCGUCGAAGACAAACGAGGAUCCACCUCCACUGGCAAUUCCAGCCGGCCAGACAGAAUCGCAGACACAGUUCUGAAGACCCGUCGCCGUGCCAUCCAGCGACAGCUCCGCCUCUUAUUCAUCUACCCGGUCGUCUACAUGAUCAUCUGGAUCAUCCCUUUCGUCAGCCACUGCAUGAACUACAGCAAUUACUAUGCUCAGAACCCAAUCUUUGCCAUCAGCUUUCUGAACAUUUUCUGUCAAUGCUUUCUUGGCUUCGCAGAUGUGUGUGUCUUCUGUUGGCGAGAAAAGCCUUGGAAACAUGUUCCGGGUAGUGAUGGGACUUUUGUGGGUAGCUUUCGCUUCUGGCAAUUUUGCGGUACGGGAGCGAGGAGGAGGAGGCUUAGUAGAACUCUGAGUGAUAUACCUGAUGAUGUGGAGGCUGAAGGCGACGGCCAGCAGGUGGCUCAGAAGGGCGGCGGGGCGAAGUGGAAGCGAUGGCUGUCACCAAGUGCGGAUGGUGCGGCAGCGCGCCAUCUCUCGGAAACGUCUACGAGCGGUAAUGGUAGCGCCGUUACAGCUUCAGCUUCCGCGCGUCGACCAGCUGGAACUCACAGGAGAACGCUGAGCGGUGGGUCUGAUCGGAAGCAACUGGAGAUCGAGCAAGCGUAUACGAGGCUUGCGCUCGAACGAGCAGACUUUGAGGCGAAUCGCAAAGGCUUUGGAGAGAAGAGCCGAGAUGCCACAACGGAGCUGCAGCAUGAUACUGAGCCGCGACCUGCGCAUAAGGGGGCGUCGAGCAAAGAUUGGUGGGACGGGGAAGUCGAAAGUGCAUUGACAACCAUAGAUAAGGAAGAACAUGAACGAGAUGCUACAGCAGCGCAUUAG